CGGCCGUGACGCGCCCGGGCGGCUGCUGACCGGCGACGGGGCACCAUGGGUCGGCUGCUGAGGGCCGCAGGGCCGCCGCUGCCGCCAAUGCUGCUGCUGCUUUUGGCAGGAGGAGCGUCCCUGGGCAUGUGUGCAGCCGGGGCUGAUGAGCCUGGCCCUGAGGGCCUCACCUCCACUUCCCUGCUGGACCUCCUGCUGCCCACUGGCCUGGAGCCGCUGGACUCAGAGGAGCCCAGCGAGGCCGUGGGGCUGGGGGCUGGCCUGGGAGCUCCUGGCUCAGGCUUCCCCAGCGAAGAGAGCGAAGAGUCCCGCAUCCUGCAGCCGCCACAGUACUUCUGGGAAGAGGAGGAGGAGCUGAAUGCAUCCAGCCUGGACCUGGGACCCACCGCAGAUUAUGCUUUUCCGGACCUGACUGAGAAGGUGGGUGCUGUGGAAGACACCAGCCAGGGUCAAGAGGCGCCCAGCGCCCCCUCUCACCUACCCAAGAUGAGCCUGGUGGAGCCACCCUGGCAUGUGGUCCCCGGAGAGGAGGAGGAUGAGGAAGAGGUGGAGGAGGAAGAGGAGGAGGAGGAGGAGCAGCUUCUGCCUGUGACCACAUACCAAGGAGAGGCCCAAACUCAGGCCCACACCUCUCCUCCGACCCGGAGCAGCCAGACCGCAGGAACCUCUGAGCACAGGCAGGAUGAGUCUGUGGAUCAGGCCUCCUCAGGUGUGGAGGUGGGGAGCAGCUUAGAGCUGAGCUUGUCCCCACCUGCAGUCUCCCAGAGCCCGGUGACCCUGGGGGGUCAGGACGUGGAUGGCCUGGGGGCAGGGGGGGCAGUGCUGCAGGCCGCAGGGCCUGGGGGAGAGUUGGAGACCAUCGAGGAGGCCACGCCAGGAGCCACUGGAUUGGCUGGCGAGCCAGGGGAGGUGCCGUCCGUGGCCUCGUUCUCUCAGACAGAAGCUCCCAGAGGGGCUGAGGCCCCUGACAGAAACCCCCUGCCACCUGGAGCUUCAGCCUCACUCCCACCGGCCCCUCAAGACGUGGAGCCAACACUGUCCUCUACUCCCUUGGGGCGAGAAGGCCUCAGCCCGCAGCCCCAGGAAGGGCCGGCCGUGGAGGCCCCAUCUAGAAUGCCCUGGGACUCCACACAGGUGAUUUGCAGAGACUGGAGCAACCUGGCCGGGAAGAACUACAUCAUCCUGAACAUGACGGAGAACGUGGACUGUGAGGUGUUCCGGCGGCACCGAGGGCUGCAGCUCCUGGCCCUGGUAGAGGAGGUGCUGCCCCGCCAUGGCAGUGGCCGCCAUGGGGACUGGCACAUCUCUCUGAGCAAGCCCAGUGAGAAGGAGCAGCAUCUUCUGAUGACCUUGGUGGGCGAGCAGGGGGUGGUGCCCACUCAAGACGUCCUGUCCAUGCUGGGUGGCAUCCGCAGGAGCCUGGUGGAGAUUGGCAUCCAGAACUACUCCACUACAAGCAGCUGCCAGGCCCGGGCCAGCCAGGUGCGCAGUGACUAUGGGACGCUCUUUGUGGUGCUGGUGGUCAUCGGUGCCAUCUGUGUGGUCAUCAUCGUGCUGGGCUUGCUCUAUAACUGCUGGCAGCGCCGGCUGCCCAAGCUGAAACACGUGUCGCACGGCGAGGAGCUGCGCUUCGUGGAGAACGGCUGCCACGACAACCCCACGCUGGACGUGGCCAGCGACAGCCAGUCGGAGAUGCAGGAGAAGCAGCCCAGCCUGAAUGGCGGCGGCGCGGUCAACGGCCCGGGGGGCUGGAGCGCGCUCAUGGGGGGCAAGCGUGACCCCGAGGACUCAGACGUGUUUGAGGAGGACACGCACCUGUGAGGGGCUGAGCCCCGCCCGGCCCGGGCCUCGGCGUGGGGUCCUCUGCCUCCCCCUCCAGUGACUCUCGACGCAUCUCGGCACCACCCUACCCACCCCCCCCCGACCCGACGCCCCGCGGGGCGCCAGGGACCCUAUUAAAGCCGCCGGGAGAGCACGCCGGCCCGUGGUCCGCCUAA